AUGGUCGCUUUUCGUUGCAUUUCGCUCUUGCUCGCAACAAUUCCCUCCAUCAUUGCCCAAACGAUAUCCGAUGGCGACGGUUACACCGGCUAUACACUUGCGGUGACGGGCGAUGGGGACUCGGCGUCAUAUGAGACCGCCAACACCGACACCUCACCCAACGAUCCUUUGAACCCCCCGGAUGUGUACCUCAACGCCAGCGUCUCCGUAGGAGAGAUCGAUAUAACAGUGAAAAACAUUACUGCGAAAAUCAACAUCGAUGCACAGGUACUGUCACUGCUGCAAUUCAACGCUGGGGUCGACCUGAGCAUCAACCGAGUUCAGUUGACGAUUCAAAAUGUCUCUGCCAGAGUCGAGUUGGAAGCAAGGCUAGAAAACCUCGUUCUCAUGAUCAACAAUACUCUCAAUUCAAUUGAUCUCAAUCCUAUACUGGUCACUCUCGGCCAAGGACUAGGAGACAUAGUGAACAGCACGCUCGGUGGAGGAAGCCAGUCGGCUGCCAGUGACCUCAAUGCUCGUGGUUUCGACUUGGAGGAGGGAAUCCUGUACUCGAUCAAUGACUACAGUGGCAAUGUUCAUACAAAUCGCAUUCUGACACAAUCUGGUGACAUAAUCGACCAGUCUCUUCACAAUGAUGGAUCGGUGUUCUCAGAGGUGGUAGUCGGCUCAUACUCACACGACAUGAGUUUCACAGGCCAUGAGCGGACAUUGAUAUAUAAUGGUGAGAACGUCAGAGGUCAGGAAUAUACCUAUUCGCCAUUCGCUGGCCUUCAGGUGGUGGCCGAGGUCUAUCUCAACACUGGUAGUACCGUUGUUGGCACGAGGGUGCUGAGUGAGAUAGAGGGUGGAGGUUCGAGUACGAUCGCCAAUGAUUCGAUCACCACUGAAUAG